CUCACUUGCUAAAAAACACUUAUUUUGAGAAAAAAACCCUACAAUUUUUUUUUUUGAAAAAAUAGUAAAUAUUUAUUUUUAAGUAAAAUGGAAGUAGAGAAAAAAAUAAUAGUGAUGGCAGUAGAUGAAAGUGAAGAAAGCAUGUAUGCUUUAUCAUGGUGUCUUAAUAACAUAAUUUCAGUUUCACAACAAAAUAAUUGUACUUCUAAUACUACUCUUGUUCUUCUCUAUGUUAAACCCCCUCCUCCUGCUUAUUCUGCUUUUGAUGUUGCUGGGUACAUGUUUCGAAAUGAUGUAGUAGCAGCCUUAGAAGAGUACACAAGUAAGCUUGUUGACUCAGUAAUGUCUAAAGCUCAAGCAGUUUGUAUGAAAUCCAACAUCAAAAUUAAGCUGGAAAAAAAAGUUGGUAGUGGAGAUGCCAAAGAUGUUAUAUGUGGAACAGUUGAGAAAUUAGGAGCUAAUAUGCUGGUUAUGGGAAGCCAUGGUUAUGGAUUUGUGAAGAGGGCUCUUUUAGGAAGCGUAAGUUAUGAUUGUGCCAAGCGAGUUAAGUGUCCCGUGAUGAUUGUGAAGCAUCCCAAGAACACUUGAUGGUUACUCUGUCUUUUUAUAUUAGAAGAUAAGGUCGUCUCAAAAAGUUAUCCUACCUUUUUUUUUUCUUCAUAUAGAAGCACCUUCUUUUGUUUUUAAAGUUAUUUCAAUAUCUUUCUCACUACUAAUUACCAAUUUAUCAUCAAAAUUAUGUACUUGUACAGAAUUAAACUGUGUGCUUGUAUAAAAUAGUUUUUAUAGUUUCCAUUUGACAAACAAAUGUUUGUAAUA